UUCCUGUUGAAAGAAAAAGCAAAUAACAAUUUCUUCAUUUUCAACUUCUGAGAACAACAAAUAUUUGAAAUAUAAUUAGAGGAAACAAAAAUUUUUUUCUUAAUAAAAUAAGAAAGAGGGACAGUAAUAAGAAAUGUUUUCUUGGAAAAAGAAAAAUUUCAACAUAAAGAGUUAUUUGUCGGGGGAAAAUUGAUAACUUUCUUUUCUAUUUGGUGCAGAUGUACAAUUUUUAGAGCAAUAACUAGUUCGUUCAACUCCCUUUUGUAUGCUGUGUACAAUCAAGUGCAACCUGUUAGUAAAGUGAAUGAGGUUCACAGCUGCGAUGCCAAGCACACAAGAUUCGAUAAGUAGAAAAAGAUACGAAUAGUCAGACGAACUGUUGAAUAGAAAGAAAGAUUCUUCAUCUUAAAGUCGAAAAUUUCGUUUUUUUUUAAUUAUAAAUAGAAUACAUUCACGAAAAUUAUAAUUAAAAAUUAUUAUUGGUAAAAAUUUAUGAUAAUAAUAUUAUUAUUAUUUUUAAAUCCACGCUAUAGAUGGACAAGUAGAACGAAGUAUUUAUGGUCAGACACACUGUCGCCAGCUAACAACUUUAAUGGAAGACUCACUAUCAAGACUGAAUCGUAUAAUUUUAUAUUCGUGUAAAAAGAACAUUCAUAUCAAGGAAUGAAAUAAAACAUAUCCUCGUACCAUAAUCUCACACCACUGCAAGAAACUAUCUAAAGAAGAAGGAAAUAAGAAAGAAAUCAAUUUUUUUCGAUAGAAAAAAAAGAGGGAGAAAGAGAGUAAAAAGUUGAAAAAAGAAAGAAAAAGGAAGAAAAGGAAAAAAAACUUUAGGAUAAAAAUUGUCUUUCGUGAUAGGAAAAUAUAUUUUCCACAGUUGAUAAAAAUAUUUACAGUUUGGGUGAUAAGUUAUAGUUUUUUUAGUGCUAUCAAGUGCAGGGUUGUAUGAUAAUGCAGCUUUGUGUGAUAAUCAAAGGAUUUUAUUUGAAAGCAAGAGGAUAUUAAGUGAUAACAAAGGGAUCUUAUCUAAAAACAAGAGGAUCUUAUCUGAAAACAAGAGGAUUUUAAGCGUUAAAAAAAGUUUUAAAAAAUCUUAUUUGAAUACAAGAGGAUUUAAUUUGAAAACAAGAUCUUGAAUGAUAACCAAAGAAUCGUAUUCGAAAACAAGAAAUUCUUGAACGAUAACCAAAGGAUCUUAUUUAAGAACAAGAGAAUCUUGAAGGAUACCAAAAGGAUCUUAAAUUAUAGCAAAGGCAUCUUAGAUUAUAGCAAAAGGAUCUUGAAAUAUAGGAACAAGAUCUUAAAUUAUGGCAAAAAGAUCUUUUUUGAAAAUAAGAGGAUCUUGAAUAAUAGCAAAAAGAUAGUAUUUGAAAACAACUGAACCUUAUUUGAAAUCAAGAGGAUUUUAUUUGAAAACAAGAGGAUCUUAUUUAAAAACAAGAAGAUCUUAUUCAAAAACAAUAGGAUCUUAUUUGAAAACAAUCGGAGCUUGAGUGACAACAAAAGGAUCUUACAUGAUAACAAAAGUUUCUUUUUUAAAAACAAGAGGAUCUUGAGUGAAAAACAAAGCGUCUUUCAUGCUAACAAAAGAAUUUUUUACGAUAACAAAAGAGUUUAUUCAGUAACAAAAGGGUCUUAAGAUAACAAAAGAAUUUUAUACGACAACAAAAUUUUAUACGCUAGCAAAAGGAUUUUACACGUUAAAUAAAUCCCUACAUGAAAGUAAAUGACACUAUCAGAUAAUAUCCAAACUGAUAAUAAAUCUUGCAAGGAAACGAUGAGGAGAAAAUGAAGUCAACGAAUCAGAUUAUUUACAGUCGAAAACUUUUUUUCAAAAAAAAAAAAAUGAUCUACGUCUCUUUUGAUUGUCCUCAACAUUGAAGCAAUUUAUCUUAAAAGAGAGGGGAGAGAAGAAAAAAAAAGUAAUUUUACGAUUAAAAUAUGCCGAUGAUGAUUCUUGGUGUGGUUUGAAGUUUCUAUUUCACGCCUGUCGAGUUUUCGAUCAUGUCUCAACAGAGAAGAGGUUCCAUGCAUGGAGGAAACUCCGUCACGAACCACGGAAGCAGCAAUAACCUGCACAUCACCUCUCACGAGAUUCAAAAUCAUGGAAUACCUUUGCCAGGAAUGGUGCCUACUCGUUCAAUACUUGGAAAUUCAGUUCUUGGGAAUCCCAUUCAUGGAUUCGUUAAUCCAUUGGGUCCAAUGGGCCCAAGUCAUUCACCACCAACACAUUCGAGUGGAAUGAUUGGAAUCUCUCAUCAUCCCUCGAGUAUGUAUCAAGGGUACGAAAAAGUUCCUCCAGGCUCUCCUUAUUCUGGGCACGGUUCUCCGUUAAGAAGUCUCGUGAGUUCCAGUCACGGAACUUCGCUAGAGACUUCCUCGCCACAACUGGUUAGGCAUCGUCAAGACUCGGAAAACACUAUUGGAAUUUCAGCGAGACGAAGCUCAGACGUGGCUUCGUCACUUCUAGAAAGUCAAUCAUUGCUUUCAGCCGAGCGCGUACUACGACGAUUGGAAUACGGUCCUCAACAGGGUAUGUUCAAAACAAUUUCUCUUUCUCUCUUCCUCGAAUAAGAAAAAUAACCGGAAAUCCUGGAGGGUUGA